CCAGGUGCGGGGGCGUCUCUUGCGCCUCCACCUGCGCCACUUCUGCCGGCUUCUCUUGGCAACUUUGUCGCCCCCUUUUGCGGACGUCCUCGGCCGGCCAGCGGAGCCCAGACCUGUGGUUAAAUAGAUAACGAGCUGGAUGAGGAGGGAGCGUGUCGGAGCCGGUCCGGGGUGAGACUCUCAUGGAGGCAGUGGUGGCUUCUUGGGCAUUUUCCGUGGCUUUGCCCCACCCAGGUUUCCACACCUGGAUUGUCAACUAGGGCCAAUUGUCACCAAUGUCAGUAAAGCUUGUUUUCUGGGGGUCAAGGUCUCAUGGAUUAAUUGGCUCUUGUUCAGCAAGCCCCUAACAGAUUAGUCAUCCAGCCACAUAUAAAGACAAGGUUCGGUUUUAAAAUUGCUCUGAAAAUGAUUAAAAGCCGUGUCUUGAUGUAACGUUGUCAGGGGGCGACGAGCAGCUUCAGAAUUUCCUCUCAAUCCCGCAGCAGCUUGAGGAAGCCCCUGUCCGUCCAGGAGGCCUGCAUGGCGAGCAGCCCCCACUGAAGGUGGAAGAUGAGCGUCCCAUUGGCUUCCAAGAAAUCAUAUUACACUCAACUGCAGGACAACAGAAAGGGGGUGAAAAACAAUAAUGAGAGUCUCCUAAGUCUGGGUGAUACUAAUGCCAAUCAGAUCCUGGUGGAGGGCGGUCCCUCUCGCGAUGAGUCUCAGACAUGUGACCUGGCAGAUGAAAUUGGAAAUGCAAAUUCACAUGAGCCAGAAAACAGAAGCCAUUUCCAUAACGAAUUUCACUCACUUCAGGGCUUUGGGAAGGGAUUGCAGGCUGGCCCCAGCAGCCUGAAGGAUUUAAAAUUGUCUUCGGCUGUUCGUAGGGAAAUAAACGAAGAGCACACAAUGCAGAGAGGCACAGCUCUCCUGCAGCCCGCGUGGAGUGGACAGGGACCAAGUCUGGCAGGCUGGAGGUCUGUCACGGGUGAGGCCAGUCCAGACGUUUUGACUCCAAGGGGCGCUGAAACUCCCCGACAUGCUCCCAAGGAUAAACUGGCAAAGACGCUGGACGACGCGGCACUGAGAAGGCACGCUUUGGAUAGGGCGAGCAGCCCUGCUGCUGCAGGGGCCCAGUUCACGAAGGAGUGUGCCGGGAGCCUGACUCAGCCACCUCCACAGCCUGUCCCACUGGACCCCCCUGAUGCCCCGGAUGGCAUGCCCAAGGGUGGUGAGGGGCCCCAGAAGACAGUGACAUCCCACUCCCCAGGGAGCUUUGUGUGUCAUCCUAAACCAUCUACCUCAGAAGCCAAGGAGACCACCUGCUUAGAGCCCCCGAUGGAAGGAGCACAUGUGCCAGAAGCUAGCAACGAGAGCACCCCACGCUCUGCCCAGUCAGAGUGUGCUCUGACUUCAGCACCCGAGGAAGCCCUGAGUGAGCCAGAAGCACAAUUAGAUCCGGAAAAGGGAGAGCCCAAGCCAGAGCUGAAAUCUGUCCAACCCUGGGCCCUGCAGGAGUUCAUGUCAGCCCGGGCCGAGUGUCUGGGAUGUCCCAAGGAAGACAGCGUCUUACCCCAAGAGAGAAAUUUGCCUGGCGGGGGAGCACAGCAAGAAGCCCCCACCAGGCCGGUCAGCAACCUGCCCCAGCCCCAGAGCAGUGUCCACACGCCUGGAGGGCCAAGAGGCAGGAGUGUGCAGGACCAGAGCGCCGUCCACCUGGCUGAGCAAGGUUCUCUCCAGACCUUCCCCAAACCUGGCCCGGCUUCCUUGCGAGCUGCUGAUAAUCAGCUCCACGGCAAAAUUUCACCAGUUGCAGCUGGGAAGCUGCAUGAAAGUUCAUCCAGCAGCACGUCACCGGGUGAUGGCCACGCAGCUUUUAUUCCUCGUGCCCCAGCUGCCAGCGAGGAGAAAAGGGUGCUGAGCAGUGGGAGCAGGGCCAGUGCUAUGGCUUUUACUUCGGAUCCUUCUGUUGGAGAGAGCACAACUGGGGUCCCUGAGCCCCUUGACCCUCAGAGCAGCAGCUCAGAAGCCGGGGAAAGCAAAGAGGUCACUACAUCUGUUGCUGAAAAUGCAGUUAAGACGGAAAGUUCCACAGCAAGAACUGAUUCUCCUCUCAGUGUCCCAACCCCUCUCCACCCAGAGACAACUGUCAGUGUGACCCACCGGCCCAGCGCCGGUCUUCAGGACUUGAGUAUGUCAAGUGUGGACGCAGGGUCACCCUCAGGGCCACGGUUGGCUGCCCCACCUCCCACUGACAGCCUGCAGCUGUUGAACACCUCCCCCAAAGUGCCUGACAAGAACACCUGCCCCAGUGGGAUCCCCAAGCCAAUCUCCACACCUUCUGAGGGUACACCUUCCUCGCAGGAGGCACUGGAGAGCCACCGGGUUGAAAGAACAGCAGAAAGGACAGAACCCAAGCCCAUCAUUUUGCCCAAGCCCAAGCACGUGAGGCCCAAGAUCAUCACCUACAUCAGGAGGAGUCCGCAGGCUCUCGGCCAGGUGGACACCUCGCUGGUCCCAGUGGGCCUUCCUUAUGCCCCGCCCACAUGUAACACGCCUCUUCCCAAAGAGGAGAAGGUGGCAGGCCGAGAGCUGAAGCCGGCUGCCAGCCUCUACGAGAAGUUCAAGCCAGACUUGCAGAAGCCGAGGGUCUUCAGUCCUGGGCUGAUGGUAUCUGGGAUCAAACCCCCAGGACACCAUUUCAGUCAGAUUAGUGAAAAGUUUUUGCAGGAGGUUACAGAACUCCCUGGAAAAGAAGAAUUUUGUUCUCCUCCCUAUGCACACUACGAAGUUCCUCCCACCUUCUACCGCUCCGCCAUGCUCCUUAAGCCCCAGUUGGGAUUGGGCGCGAUGUCCCGUUUACCUUCUGCAAAGAGCAGGAUCCUGAUUGCCAGUCAGAGGUCUUCAGCAAGUGCCAUCCACCCGCCAGGACCCAUGGCAACAGCUGCAAGUCUCUACAAUUCUGAUCCUUCAGGAGAUUUAAAGAAAGCCUCCAGUUCGAAUGCUGCCAAAUCCUGUCUACCGAAGUCUGGACUUCGUCCUCCCGGAUACUCGCGCCUGCCCGCAGCCAAGCUGGCAGCGCUGGGCUUCGUGCGGAGCUCCAGCGUGACCUCGGCCUCCAGCACCCAGUCCCUGGACAGCGCGCAGCCCGAGCAGAGCCGGCUGGCUAACUGUUCAGCCUUUGGAAAUGAAGAGCAGCCGGCCCUGAAAGCAGCCCUGCCUCCCAAAGACGCACCCAAGGGAGCUGGCCGUGUGGCCCCUCUGGCAACCUCCAGUGUCACUACCCCCCGCAGGAGUUUGCUUCCAGCACCAAAAUCCACAGCCACGCCUGCUGGAACAAAGAAAGAACUACAGAAAGAUCAAGAUGCUAAUAAACCUGCUGUUUCAUCUCCGAAGAGAGCAGCAGCUUCAACCACCAAACUUCAUUCGCCAGGAUACCCCAAACAGAGGAGCACGGCUCCCCGAAAUGGGUUUUCCCCCAAGCCGGACCCGCAGGCCCGCGAAGCCGAGAGGCAGUUGGUUCAGCGGCUGAAGGAGAGGAGUGAGCAGCAGGCCAGGCAGCUGGGCCUCGUGCAGCGGGAGCUGAGACGGGCCAUCUGCGGUUUCCAGGCGCUCGCCGUGUCCACUCAGCACUUCUUUGGAAAGAAUGAAAGUGCCCUUGUGAAAGAAAAAGAGCUGUCAAUCGAACUUGCCAACAUCAGGGAUGAAGUUGCCUUCAACACAGCCAGGUGUGAGAAACUACAGAAGGAGAAGGAAGAGCUGGAGAGGCGGUUUGAGGACGAGGUGAGGAGGCUGGGCUGGGAGCAGCAGGCCGAGCUCCAGGAGCUGCAGGGGCGGCUGCAGCUGCAGUUCCAGGCGGAGAUGACACGCCUUCAGGAGGAGCACAGCGCCCAGCUGCUGCGGAUCCGGUGUCAGCACCAAGAGCAGGUAGAAGAUAUCACCGCCAGCCACGAGGCUGCUCUCCUAGAGAUGGAAGAUAACCACACGGUGGCCAUCGCGGUCCUGCAGGAUGACCACGACCACAAAGUCCAAGAAUUGAUGUCUACCCAUGAGCUUGAAAAGAAAGAAUUGGAAGACAGUUUUGAAAAGCUGCGGCUGUCAUUACAGGACCAGGUGGACACGCUGACCUUCCAGAGCCAGUCUCUGCGGGACCGAGCCAGACGCUUCGAGGAGGCUUUGCAGAAAAACACUGAAGAGCAGCUGGAGGUUGCACUGGCUCCCUAUCAGCACUUGGAAGAAGACAUGAAGAGUUUGAAGCAGGUGUUAGAGAUGAAGAAUCAGCAAAUACACCAGCAGGAAAAGAAGAUUAUUGAGCUGGAAAAGCUGGCGGAAAAGAACAUUAUCCUGGAGGAGAAAAUCCAAGUUCUCCAGCAGCAGAACGAAGAUCUCAGAGCAAGGAUUGACCAGAAUACUGUCGUCACGAGACAGCUGUCGGAGGAGAACGCCAACCUGCAGGAGUACGCGGAGAAGGAGGCCCAGGAGAAGAAGAGGCUGAGCCGCACCAAUGAAGAGUUGCUCUGGAAGCUCCAAACUGGGGACCCAACCAGCCCAGUUAAACUCACCCCCACGUCCCCUGUUUACCGCGGCUCCUCCUCCGGACCCUCCUCACCCGCCAAAGUGGGCACCACGCCCAGAUGACAACGCCACGCGGCCUCGGAGCUGCGGCCCCUCACGCACCCGCGCUUCCACCUGGGGGAGUCUUCACCAAGGCCGCCCCGCGCAUGCUCAGGAGCUGCUCAGCGGCGCCCUCCCCAGUCACUGCUCUUCCCUGGCGUUGGCACCGAGGGAAGUGUUCGCGGGUCGUGUCUGAUGUGCAAACGUUGGACCGUAGUUAGAGCCAAAAGAAAGAAAUGCCAAUUGUUUUUGAGCAAUGAAUUUUCACUGCAGAAUUUCAGGUUAGUGACAGAUAGUUCAGUUUGGAAUCUAUACCGAAUAAUCAUUGUGUGCUGCACCGAUGUGCGUAGAUAUGUCAAUGAACGUAUCUGCACACGUGGUGGUUCUAAAUUGCAUUUUUUAUAACAUGAAGUGCUGACAUAUUUUGGUGAAGGUCAGCAGUUUUCUAACUUGUGCCUAAAAAUACUUGGGAAAUGAAAAUGCAUUUCUAUCUAGCUUCCCAGGAAUAUUUCUACCCAAAAUAGAAAAGAAAAAAAAAAAGAUACUGAGAAGAAGCGCCUUUCGACCUGCCACCAAGUGGUACUGUAUUUAACACAAACACCAGCGACUUGUGAACGGUAACUGCCUUUGGAACAAUCCGCUUCUUAGCAUGAUCUGAAGUCACCAUUAUUCCAUUCGCAGGUUUUAAUGAUCAAGGCUCCUGUGGUGAGCGGCUAAGGGAGCACAGUGGGAAACCCUGCGGGGUUUAGCAGCUUUUUGGAUGUUUCGACAUGACAGUGAAUCAUCUAUAGUCUUGUAAACACAAGUUUUGCUUUUUUCCUAAAGGGCAUCUUGGAAUCUGUCCUUCAGCUAUUGCUCCCUCGGGGGAAAUAUGGGAGAGCAAGCCCUUCUGGAGGGAGGGUGAGGAUGACCUUGGAGUUGACCAAGACCAUUCGCCCUGUGGCCUCACGAGAAAAACUGCUGACAGGAUCUGUGCCCUGACUGAGCCCAGAGCAGGGACGCUCUGGCAGUCUAGGUGGUUUGCUCUGAUCUGAUGCUGCGAGUGGUCAACCCACCGAUAUGACCCUCAGGCCCCCAUUCAUAGCAAUCUCCCCUUCAGUUCGGUUCAGUAACUCGGUCCCAUCACUGUGCAUUGAGAUGGCUCAGGGGUUCUAGCAGGGGCUUCCAGAAAACCAGUUCUUCCGUCCUGGGGGACCAGUUCCACACUGAGCUAGACCAUUCCUUGACCCUCCAGGAACCCAGGUGAAUUUUCUGCAGGAUCAUCGAGCAGUGCCACAGCUGACAGUGCUCCAUCUUAGACCCAAAAGGUCCUUCCACACAGAGGAGCCCACAGAAACUCCAGCCAGUGGUCACUGGCUACUGGACUGGCACCUGUCUCUGAAAUGGUAGAAUUAGAACGUGAGAGGUAUUCCUGUAGUGCUGUGGAAGGUUAGGAGCAUGACACCCAACAGGGAAGUAGUUUUAACAAUUGAUAUGAUGAUAAUGAUGCCUUUGUUUCCUGUUUGUGACAGAGACCCUGUACUUCCCUCCCCAAGGCCCCUGGAAAUUGUCCUGAGCACAGGGCAGUCUUUGAGUAUGACCAAGGCCAGUGGACUCAGGCAGGGACAUCUGUGGUGGGGAAGAGACGGCCCACAGAAGGAAGGGGUCAGCUUGCCCAAAGGCCUGCCUGCUUCGCUUACAUGAAGACAGACCUGGUCUGUGUUCCCUGCCUGAGUCAAGGUUGGGCUUCUGCUUAAGUUCCAUCUUGUUUCUAGCAAACCUCCAAUAGCAUCCGCCCAUCCUGGGGACAUACACAGUAGAUGCCCAUCGAAGAAACGUUUCUCCUCUCAUGGCUCUGCAUGAUGCUGUGAUAUUGAGUCGGGCAUUCCAUUAGAGUAGACUACGCCAUGUUCACAAAGUACACAGUUAUGUCUUCUUUUAGCGGCACCACCUCCAAACACAGUUUCAGCGGUAGCUCAGCUCUCCAGAUUAGGAACUGCGUCCAUAGGGACACCUGCUAAAUGCAGUUACACAGCAAUACCGACUCCAGUGUUCUGUUAGGAUGUGCUACAGCGUGUUAGCCUAUUGUGGCCAAGGUGUGGUGAUGUUAGCACUAAAUAAUCCCUCACUAGGUGGACUGGAGCUCUGCCCUGACCAGCCCUCACCUUGGGCACUUGAGCUAAUUCCUACAUUGCCCUGGCCUCGUCCUUCAUCGUGGACUCCUGUCACCUCUGGCUGUUAUCCUGGAACAGGAGGGGUGGCAGCCAUUGUGCUCCUUCCGCCACUCCGCACGCUAUUAGGACUUGAACCUCUCAACAUGGAAGUCCUGUCAUCACGUCCCAGGCCGGAGCUGUUUCCACUUACAGAUGCCGCAGCUCCGCCACCUCAGACAAACCCAUCAGACCUCACCGACCUUUUCUGGGCAUUUGGGAGCUGAGUGUGUACCCUUCCCCACUGCCGGGCCCCCGAGCUGGGGCAGGAUUCUGGCCGGGUGUCCGAGAGGGGAGGGGUUGAUGGACUGGCACACUGGGUGUGAUUGCUUGAAUGGGGUCACACAUUCCUCACCCAGCCCCUACACUUUCUGUAUUGCAUAUUUGUGUUUGAAGUAUAUUAAAGUUAAUUUGAGGGAGCUCCCGUGACACGCACUUGAUGUAACUCUUGGCCUGCCCGGCUCAGGCUUGAGGAAAUUCGGGCUGGAUCCAUAGCAGCCAGGGAGGUGUUUGGCAGGCUGGAUUUUUUUCCUGUGUUUUGCCAGGGUCAGCCACUGAGUCUCCAGACUCUUGCCCUGAUUCAGCAGGUCCAAGGCCCCCACACCCAUAUUUGCAGCCCGGAUCUCCAGGAGCCUGGCCCUGGCUUUGGGGGGCUCAGUGACUCUGCUCAGCCCGCUGUCUUUAGUAGGCUGAGUGGGCUGGAGUCAGUGGGAAAGGGACACAAAAGAUUGAGUGCAAUUCCUUUACCAUCGAUUUCAAAUUCAGCACUAGACAGGGUUAUGAUUCUACCCCCAACGAAAGUUUGAUGUGUCCUAAAUCCUGCCAGUUCAUGGCUGGAUGGCCAUAGAGCUCUCUCAUGAGCAGCAAGGAGGAGCCUCCUGGUGUGAUGGUCACAGACAGCAGUUCCUUAUCGUGCACAACGAUCUGUCAGGCUUUCUCAUGCCAACAGGGGACACGGGAGCCUGGACAGCUCUGUGGCUCUUCCUAUAAUAUUCUGUGCAGCCAGCACAUAUUUCAGCCUGAAAGCACUUGCUCCCCAGUCCUGACCUCUGGGUGGGUUGCAGCCAGCUUGGCAGCCUGCCCCUGCUUAAGGAUGGAAGGGAGACCCCUAUUGUCAGUUCCCUGUGGGGCAUAUAGGAGUGGUAGGGACUUUAGUGAGACUGUAGCAAGUCUGCCGUCCUGACCAGCUGCUGAACAAGAGAGCUUUCACGGAUGAUAAAUCCCCUCGAGUCACUUCUAGGCCUGCAAGGACCACAGAAUCCCCCCUAAGUCACCCAGCUUCCCGAUUAUUGAUAGUGACCUAUUUAUUGAUUCACUUGCCAACCUGUCCCAGCCUAUUAGUGUCUUUUGCUGUCUUGUGUCCUCCACUUUUAUAAUAACCACCUUCCAUUUCCUUUCCCCCCACACGUGAGGUCUCACCUUUACUGAGCAGGCGGGUGACUCAGCCCCUGGCAUGUGCAGGGAGUGACGACGUUAGAGCCGCUUCCUCCUGUCUGCAGAGAACUUUCCCCUCUCACAGCUGAUUUGCAGCAGGCAGACGAGACCUCUAAAGCCAACCACUUGGUCACCUACUCUGUGCAAGGAGCCUUGCACAGCCAGCUCUGCCUGCGUGGGACUUGGGUCACUCAUCUCAGCGGAAGGAGCGAUGCUCAGGUAGAAACCCGGAAGUGGGUACAGGCAUACUGCGGAGAUAUUCGGGUUCAGUUCCAGACUACAAUAAAGCAAAUAUUGCAAUAAAGCAAGUUGUAAUCUU